AUGUCCUCAACAGAAUCUAAACCAGAAUCAAGCAAGGAAGAACACACGACGACAUACACCGGCAUGGCCAGCUCGGCAGCUGGAACUGCUGCAGAGACUGCUACAAAUGCCGCCGCGGGUGUAAAAGACACAAUGUUUAGCAUGUUUGGCGGAGGCGGCGGCGCAAAGAAAGAAUCCAACGAAGCCAAACCGGGGGAGGAGGAUAGAAGCGGAAGUGCUAAAGCUAUAAAGGAGAAAGAAAAAGAAAAGGACCAGGAAGAAGCCAAAGAGGUUGGGAAAGGGAACGAAGACGGUGAUGACGCGCCCGAAUCGCCCGAGGUGCACUUUGAGCCUGUAGUCCACCUGACCGAGCAAAUCGAGACAAGGACCAAUGAAGAACUAGAGGAGCAGACAUUCAAAAUGCGUGCCAAAUUGUUCAAAUUUGAUAAGGACUCACGUGAAUGGAAAGAGCGAGGAACUGGAGAAGUGAGACUUCUAAAGCACAAGGAGAAUAUGAAGACUCGGCUCGUCAUGAGGAGGGACAAGACUCUGAAAGUCUGCGCUAAUCAUUAUGUGGUUCCGGAUAUGAAAUUGACAGCUAAUGUUGGGAGUGACCGAAGCUGGGUGUGGAACGCCGCUGCAGACGUGAGCGAAGGCGAGCCAGAGCCGGUAACGCUUGCCAUCAGAUUUGCGAAUAGCGACAAUGCAAAAUUAUUCAAGGACGCAUUUGAGGCAGCACAGGAGGAGAACAUGAGGUUAUUCCCGCAGGAGGAGAGUUCGGAGGGCAAGGAGCCAGCUCCGGCUGCAGAAUCAUAG